AUGCCAAGGCUCAAGCCUUCAACUUUCUGGAAGGCCUAUGCCAUCAACAAAGGACUGCCCUUUUUACUUCCAGAAUGCAGAACCAUCUCUGCCGCUAAGCAAGAGCUUAGAUGGAUCUCACAGGAGUGCUCUAACGAGCAGCAAAUACUGCAAUGCUGUAAGCUGCGACACAGCCAUUAUCCUCUACAAUACAUCUUGAAAUCACAGCCAUUCGGACCCCUGGAUAUACGAUGCAAACGUGGAGUCUUGAUUCCGCGGUGGGAAACAGAAGAAUGGACAAUGGAUCUAGCACAAAGACUUCCUGUCGACCAAGAAAUGCGUCUCGUGGACCUGUGUACCGGUUCCGGCUGUAUUGCUCUUUUAAUGAAGCAUUUACGGCCUAAACUGACCGUCAAUGCGUUCGAUUGCUCACCUCUGGCAAUACAUUUGGCCCACCAAAACGCUCGAGAGCUAGGCAUUGAUGUUCAAAUAGCGGUACAAAAUAUCCUUGAUGACACAGCACCCAAGACUCUUCCUAAUUUCGAUCUCAUCACCUGUAAUCCACCAUAUAUUCCACAAUCGACAUUCAUCAAAGAGACCUCUACAUCCGUGAAGCUUUUCGAGCCAAAACUAGCCCUCCUUGGCUCAUUCGAGUUUUACGACAAUCUGAUCAAAACUUGGCUUUCCAAAACUGACGCAUUUGUUUACGAGGUGGGCGGGCUAUCGCAGUGCAUCUACGUUCAUGAUAAAAUCGCACAAGAUUCGGAGCUGUCUAAACUGUGGCGAGUGGGAUUCAAGUUUGAUUCCAACAAACAGAGUAGAGUAGUUUACGGGUACAAGCAAAUCAGCACUAGAGUGGACUGGAAAGAAGUGUUUAAAGGGUUUGGCAAACUUGGACACUAA